GAGAGCCUGAAGCUGGGUGUGAAGCCAGGAGGAGACCUCAGAGAGAACCACACAUACAGAUACACACAUAUAUAUCUUUUAUUGUGUAUUCCUCUCCACAGCUACAGCUCCUCCUCUCCCUCCUCCUGCUGGACCUCCUCUCCCUCCUCCUGCUGGACCUCCUCUCCCUCCUCCUGCUGGACCUCCUCUCCCUCCUCCUGCUGGACCUCCUCUCCGCGCACAUCGACUCCUGGACAUCUGAUCAUCCGACUGCACGAUGGGAAAUGAAGCCAGUUUCCCCCUGGAGAUGUGCUCACAUUUCGAUGCUGAUGAGAUUAAGAGGCUAGGGAAGAGGUUUAAGAAGCUGGACCUGGAUAACUCGGGCUCGCUCAGCGUGGAGGAGUUCAUGUCGCUGCCGGAGCUGCAGCAGAACCCGCUGGUCCAGAGGGUGAUCGACAUAUUCGACACGGACGGCAACGGAGAGGUGGACUUUAAAGAGUUCAUCGAGGGCGUCUCACAGUUCAGCGUCAAAGGAGACAAAGAGCAGAAGCUCCGGUUCGCGUUCCGGAUCUACGACAUGGACAAGGACGGCUACAUCUCCAACGGAGAGCUCUUCCAGGUGCUGAAGAUGAUGGUGGGCAACAACCUGAAGGACACGCAGCUCCAGCAGAUCGUCGACAAAACCAUCAUCAACGCAGACAGAGACGGAGACGGGAAGAUAUCCUUCGAAGAGUUCUGUGCAGUGGUCGGAGGUCUCGAUAUACACAAAAAGAUGGUGGUGGACGUGUGAGUCCUCCUCCCCCUCCCUCCCUCCACGACACUCGCUUUCUCCCCCAUCUCUGAAGAUCUGCUCCAGACGUCCAGCAAAGCGCUCUCUGUGCAACUCAAGUAUUCUCUCUCUCUCUCUCUCUCUCUCUGUGAAGCUUCUGUUUUCUUCUCGUGAAGCCGUCGCUGAAGUGUUAUUGAUCCGUAGAUCCUCUCAAUAACUCGGUCGUAGCACUUAAAGAGACUGAAGGACAUUUUGGAUGAUGGGGGGGAACAAACGGGCGUGGUGAUGAGGUUGGUUCAUAUUUCAUCUCUUUUGUUUUUUUGUUAAUUGUUAUUUUUGAUAUUUAUUUUUUUGUCUUUUAUAAAGAAUUCAGAAUACAAGUAUAUAUAUCUAUGGUUUGUCUGCACAUGAACACUUGACUUAAACAGAAAGAAGGGUAUGAAGUGCCAACCAGAACAUAUCCACAAACCAGUCCACGUUAUUACCCAUAAUGCACUUCAACAGACUUCACACGGCACCACCUUCACCCUUAUUACAGUCAUAACUGUUUUUUUUAAGCUUACAUACGAGAUGUUUGGAUUAGAGCUUCCAGACACUUUGAGCAAAGCAACUCAUUUUUUCAACACUUGAUAGUUUAUUUCCUACUUAAGAAUGUGUUUAUAUCUUCUGAGAUUAUCUUUUGUUUCUUCGUCAUGACAUCAUUAGCUAGAAAUAAAUUAAUGCCAAGAAAAUGUCUUUCCAAAAAUAAUAAUUUUGUGGCUGCAAGCUGAUACACGGUUUAUUUCUACGUUUACCGGCGUGCAUCCAUAAAAACAAUCUCCAGAGUGACGACGCUCACACCGACAGAUGAACUGUAGAGGAACCGCUAGAGUUAUGGACGGACUUGGUUUAAGAACAGUACACAACAGUUUCAGAGACUUAUCUGCAGGCAGCGAUUCUUUUUUUAAAUGAAUAAAUAUGUGUAUAUUAGGUAAUCAAUGUGUGCUCAGCUUUAACUGUUUCUCACGAGCGCUUCUGAAACCUUUUUCUCGGUACAGCCCAGUUUUCUUUCUUUAACGCAACACGAACACUUUAAAUCUUUACUCAUUGGUCAGAGCGCAACGUACGGAAGACGAUAAGAGUCAUAUGUGUGAAAAACAUGUUCAUUUGUGGCUUUAAUCCUCCUCUGUAGAAAAGGGGAAUAGACUUUUUUAGUUCUUUUGUAAGUCUAAAAAAAUGUGGCUUCCUCUUUUACUUCUUUUCCUGUCGAUCAAUUUAUUUUCUCCCCCCCCACCCACAAAAACAAAGUUUUUUAUUUCU